AUGCGGGUCGCUAAGAAUAGGAUAAACCUGGAGGACAUGGGCAUUACCGACGUCCGGCCCAGAAGAGCCCGCACAGGGGCUUUCGUACUCGAGAUUCCGGGCGGGGCAGUAGGCACUGCGAAAGCAGAUGUCUUAGCGACCAGGCUGCGUAGGGAGCUGGCCGAUAAGAAAGAUGUCCUCAUCUCCAGGCCCAUGAAGAUGGCGGAGAUGAGGAUAAAGGACCUGGAGGAUUCUGUCACCCUGGCCGAACUGGCCACCCAUGUGGCCACGGUCGGAGGGUGCAAUCCCGUCGAUAUCAGGAUGGGGGAGAUUAGGAGACCGCCCAAGGGAUUGGGCACGGUCUGA